AUGGAUACAUAUCAGGUCUACAACAUGCUGGAUGAACUCUCACAAGAAAAGCUGAGAAAUUACUGGAAAAAUUCAGUUGAUGGCACUGCUUUUUGGCAAGGGACAAGCAUUUUGUUCAAAGAUGACAUACAAAGCUUAUUAGGAGAUACUGAAAUUUAUGGACAAAUCAUAGAUGCGUAUGCCGAGAUACUUCAUCAUGAUGAAAAGAAGGACCCUAAAAGACAACAGAAUGCAUACAUCACGUGCUACGCAUACAGGUAUCUCACAGAUAAAAUGCACCCAAGAAACAUUCGAUGA